CCAUAAUGCAUUGCGCAUAAAUGGCCGCCAUGUUGCUGCCGUCUGAAAGAUGUUCACAUCUGUGUGUGUUUACUAAUGAAUUUUAAGAACUUUAACAGCUAAAUUACUGUGUUUGUGAAAUUGUGAGUGUACAAUGGUUUUAUAUUACAUACAUAUUUGUGUUUGAAAAGUCUGUCAAAUGUCUCUGAGGCCAAUAAACAGUGAAAUUUUCUUUAGGUAGUCAUUCGAGUCAGACGGCAUAAUGGCUGACAAUCUGAUUCAAAAGUCACAUAAAACUAGUGAAAAAAACAAGUAUAACAACGUCGUUCAUCGCACUACGAGUGAAUCUCUUCGACUGAACGAGUCGGAGAAGGGAGUGACUCACCCGACGAGUCUUCAAUCCGCCCAUAACCCAAGGAAAAUAUCUUCCUUUCAGAUAACCAGUGUGACGGUUGGCUCUCGGGUGAGCACAGAUGCAGGCGAGGACUCUGCAGACGAUCUAGACGAAUCUCACACCGACGACAUCUCGAGGGUGACGGACAUAGAGAAUGAAACGCCGAGCUACUCGGAGGAUACCUUCUCGAAAGACGACGUAUUCUACAACGCGUCGAGUGCAUCGCUAGGCUGUGCGCCCGUCAUCCCGACCAGCUCGCAGUACGGGCUCGCGAUCGUCGGCCAGCCCGACGCCGCUGCGCCGCUGGGAGGAGCCGUGCCCAACAACAGCGCGGAGGCGAAUGACAUGCACGUCAGCGUCACCAACGCCGGCUCGGGCAGCAUCAUCAACCUCAUAGGCAACUCCAAGCCGCAGGAAGGCAUGAAGGAGAUACAAGAACAUGUUAGAAAUGAAAGAUUUAAAGUUGUGAAAAUCGAAAGUACUGAGCCUUUCCGCCGUGGCAGGUGGAUGUGUAUGGACUAUCUCGAUCAUACUACAACCCAGCAGAAUGCUCCGAUCACCCUCAACAACAACUUAGACGUCACCGAGACUAAUACAUUGCAAGCCCCCGACAGUGGAGUGGUCAUAAACGAUAGUCAACAUGAUGAUAUUAUGUGUAACGAUCUGUGCAAUAAGGGGCCUAAAGAUCAAGUGAGUGUUGUGCAACAAAUGGAUCAAGGUGUUCAGAAACAGUUUCCAAUGGCUUCCCCGGGACAAUCUUUGACCCAACCUAUUAACAUGGUCCAACAACAAAUGCCUGUUAAUCAGUCAGUGUCCGUACAGUCCCCUCCUCUAGAGAUGCCACAGCAAAUGCCAAACCAGAACAUGCAGACCAACCAGCCAGUGGGACAACAACACCCACAGAGCAUGACACACAUUCAAAUGCAGAACGUCACGCAGAGUCAUCCUCAGCCUAACCAGCAACAGCAAGUGCAGCAAAUCCCACAAAGCUUUCCUCAACAUCAGCUUCAACAAGUGAUUGCACAGUCCCAAGGUAUUGCCAUGCAGCAGAUACCCAUGCAUCAGCAAAUGCCACAGCAGAUGCAGCAAAUUCCUAACCAGCAAAUGCAACAGAUCAAUCAGCAUUUGCCUCAGGCUCAGCUCACUAACAUGCAACUACAGCAGCAGAUGCCUCAGAUGCAAGGCAUGCCCAACCAGGGACAAUUAACUCAAGUGACGGGCCAACAACCACAAAUGCAACAAAUUCAAAUGCAACCUAUGCAAGGCCAGCCCAACCCGCAACAAAUUCAUCAGAUGCAACAGGCUCAGAUACCAAAUAUGGGACAGACUCACCAUCUCCAGGGUCAACAAGCGAUGGGCACUCAGCAAGCCCAACUCCAACAUUUGUCUAGUCAGGCUCAAAUGCAGGCGUUGCAGAACCAGCAAAUGCCGAAUCACAUACAACAAAUGCAAAUACCCACUCAGUUAACUGCAGCUAAUCAACAGAUAUCCCAGAUGCAAACUCAAAUGCACCAGCUGCCGUCUCAGCCUCAGCAAUCAGUGGUGCCAGGGAUGCAUCCUCAGAUGCAACAGCAAGGGAUGGCCGUCACUCAGCCACAGUACAACCAAGCGGUCAACCAGCAAGCAAAUCCACAGUCAAUGAUCAGCGCCACCAUUCCAUCAUCACAGCAGCCAAUGGUUCAACCUCAACAUAAUGUUCCUCAGUAUCACGCACAGCAAUCUCAGAUGUCACAGCAGGGGCAGACCUUGCCGCAAGAGGUGCUGACUAGUAUUGUAACAUCUCAACAAGGUGCAACUCUCCCUUCCAAUCUCCAGCCUAUGGCUACUCAACCUCAGGGUUCCACGUUGCCGGCCAAUCUCCAGAUGGCCGGACAGCAGCAGGCUCCGGUGCACACCAUGGCUCCGCAGCAAGGAAGCAUGCAGCAAGGGAACAUUCAAAUGAUGACAGCUCCUCAGAACAUGCAGAUGACUCUAGAUGGAAAUCAGCCCAGUAUGCAAAUGCCUGCCUCAGAUCCAAUAUACAUCCAGCAGCCUAACGUUGGUCAGCAGAUGCCGACACAUAUGGCACAGCCACAGAAUAUGAUGCAACAGCAGCAGGGGCAGAUGGGCAGCGUGCAAUAUGUUCCUAGCCAGCCAGUUGCUCAAGUGCCCAUGACUCAUCAGAACAUACCCAUGUCUAUGCAGCAGAGCAUGCCGGUGGGAAUGGGCGGAGGUGUUCACGCGAACGUGGUGCAAUCUCAGACCAAUAUGGGUCUGGGAUAUGGUGGUGUGGUGCCUGUGAUGUCACAGAGCAGUGUUGCGCCCGUGGAGGCGACAGUGUCGGGGACUAACUCUCCAGUGGUAUCUAUGCCGGUCAAUUCAACUGCGUAUGUUAGCAAUGCGGCUCAGCCGGGACAUGACAGUCAGGGCUUCGGUAGCCCAGUGAGUGCAGUGGUGUCUCAUGCGAUCAGUGGCGCUGUGGUGAGCAAUGUGAAUGUGAAUGCGUGUGAUAGUGGUGCUCCGGACGUGCCUCCAGACGGCUCGCAGGCCGGAGACACGGGCGAUGGCAAGGAGGAGCCGCAGGCUGCACCACCUCCAGAGGAUGAAAGCAUCUGCGGCUUGGCGCUGGCGCUGGGCGGGAGCGGCACUGGCAGUCCUCCGACGGCGGACGCGCGGGGCUCGACCGCGACCUCCCGCGCACCUUCACCACCGCCCUCCGAAAGGCUGCAGCACACAAGCGCUUCAGGCACAAGCGCCGUGGCCAUCGACAAUAAGAUCGAGCAAGCUAUGGAUCUGGUUAAGAGCCACUUGAUGUUCGCGGUGCGCGAGGAAGUGGAAGUACUGAAGGAGCGCAUCGCGGAACUGAUGGAGAGGAUCAACCAGCUCGAGGUGGAGAACAGCUACCUGCGCGCGCACGCCAGCCAGGACACGCUGGCGCAGCUGCCGGCCGCGGGCGCCAAGCCGCCGCCGCAGCCGCAGGGCCCGCAGCCGCCCGUGUCGUAGGGCGCCGCCGCAGGCCCGUGACACCGCUCCCCGGCUCGCGGGCCGGGGAGCCGCCCCGGCUGUGCUAUGUUAGUUCGUGCGUCGAGUGGGCUCGAGCACGGUCCCGCGCGGAGGGACGGAGAGGUUACGCCACGAGUAUCUAGUUAGCGCAUCACCCGCUCGAAGCGGCCGCGCUCAGCGAGCUUCGACAUUAUGCUUGGAUUCAUAGAAGUAUAUUUUCCCGUUAUUUAAUCUUUAGGGUGCAGAAUUUCGUGCUAACCGCCACGCUUCCGCUACGCAUCUCGGCGACGAGCCUCUUCAGUGUCGGCGUAGCGACGUAACUAAGGUCUACGUCUACGCACCGGUAUCCGUACCGUACCUCCUACCCCACAUAAGAAACUAUCUCGUAAGUCGUGUUUAUAUGAUAAAAUAUAACAAAAUAGUUAAAUAAUACUUACGCAUUGAACAAUGACUGUUAAUUUAUUUUCUAUUUUUUUAUAAGUAUGUAAUUUAAGUUAUUUAUCGAGUAACUUUUAACGUGUUACAAUAAAAUGACAUUGUGAUGUGAACUUGACUCUGCAGUUGUUUAUGGAAUUAUGAAUAUUUUAAGGUUUAUCCAUUAGUUUGAGGAGAUUCUUAGAAAUGACCGAGUGUUUCUGUUGAUCGCUGAAUGAGUUUGAUCCCUUAGAAAUGUUUCUUAGUUUGUUAUGUAGACGAAAGCGUUUUGCUCCUGAUCAAUUUUAAACAAUUCUAUCUAGCCCAAGGCCUAAUAUUUUGCAAGUUUCCAUGUGUCAUUUCUUCACAUAAUAAAGAGUUCAAUUUAUAUUUCAUAGUAUUUUUAAUUUUUAUUUGUACGUCAAACUAUAACACGAACUCAAUAUAAUAGAUACAUGUGUCAGUAUUUCAUUCCGCCAAGCAAAUAUUCAUUCACCCUGAGGCCUCUCAAGUAUAAUGAUCUGUCAGUAGUUGUUUGCAUGUGUGAUGUUUUCGUUUAGUCGUAUACUAUUAAUGAAUACAGUUAACUUUAAUGUUCGGAUGUACCAUCAGUAAUUGAUGUUAGUUACUAAAGAGUAAAGAGUCGCUUAGAAUUAGUCGUUGCGAGUGUAGCCUCGUCAACGCUGGCUUUAGUGGAUUUUGCACGCUGAAACUAAAAAAAAAAACUAUUUUUAUUCCAAUCCUAUACUUAUAAACGAUAAUAAAUAGAGGUUAAAAAGCGAUUAACAUUGUAUUUUUUUAAUGAUUAAAAAUUGUUUGUAUAUAGUACAAGUUGUAAUAGUCGCGAGGUGGUUGUACAUACGAGUAGAGCGUGGGAGAGGAAGGAAUUGCCUCGGAGACUGGAGACUCCGCGAGACGUGUAAUUAAGUUUAACGCUGUAUUUAAAUUUUGCUUUAUUGUUUAUCGUUGAGUAACCGAACAAAAUGGCUGGGUGAUGUGUAGUAGUUAGUGGACUCCAGGGGUUGCCCGAUGUGAGCCCAGCGACUGUGACUAUUUCCUAGUAAUUAUAUAUUAUAGUAUUUUGUACAAGGCUACGUUACUACGUAUGUGUAUAGAUGUUCUAUGAGCUAUUUGAUUAUUGUGAAUACUUAUGCAGUAAUUUACUCCAUUUAUUAGAUAUGAAAUUAUUAUAUGAUUCUGAUAUUGUAAAUAUACUGUAAACAGAAUGUCCAUUGUAGCUUAUGUUGACAGGAUGGUUCCUCGUACCCAAUAAAUGCAAAAUUACUCGAA